AUGGAUGGCCUAAGUGGCGCCGCAAGCAUAUUCGCUAUUCUUCAGUUGUCUGACAAAGUUGUGAAAUACAUCAAUAGUGCUGCCGGUGCUACACGCGAUCGAACACAACUUCGCGACCGAGUACGAGCAUGCAGUUACAUCCUGUUGCAACUCAGCGAUAAGGCCGACGACUCUGAGGAGGCCGAGGCCUGGUCAGCAACUAUCGAAGCUCUAGCACGACCCGGCGCACCUCUACACCGUCUUUAUGGGGCUCUGAGCCUGGUGGCAGUAAAGCUCCAAACAAAAGAUAACAUCACGAGAGCGUUGAAAUGGCCAUUUCAGGAGAAAGACGUACGCAAGCUCAUUGAGCUGAUCGAACAAGAAAAGAGUCUACUGAAUUUGGCACUUGGAAACAGUGCUGGAAGACUUCUUCACGAGAUGAAAGCUCGCUCCAAAGAAAACAGCCAGCAGCUCGUAGAGCUGACACGACUUGUAGCGAAAGGUUCACAUGACAAUGAAAGCAGUUUUCAAGAGGUGAACAAUAGAUUGUUUACGAUCCAUGCAACACAAAGCGGCAUGUUCACCGGCAUCCACGAUUUAUACGAGCGUCAGAACGACCAUGAAGCUACCCAAUCACGCCGGUUUAUCCUUGAGUGGCUUACACCGGUCGAUUACCCUUCACAGCAGCAAGACGCCAUUAUUAAGCGACAGGAAGAGCAGACAAUCGAGAACAUCCUCGCAGGGUUGCUAAAACAACUUGCUGAAGGACAGACUCCGCUACCGAAGUCUGUGAGGGAUCUCUAUGACCAGCACGGAAAGGGCCAAAGACGACCUUCACUGAUGGCCAUUUCAAAAGUCUACAACUUGACAUAUCUACUAUCAACGAUUAUCGAGCUUCAGCAGCAAUGCAAAAUCAAUCUUCUAGCAACUUCGCGGUUCAUUCCUGAGAUCACAAAAAGUUUUGAUGGUACUCAAACUCUUGAAAUCCGAGCAAGCAAUGACGAUGUGAGAAUAUACCUCCAGGGACACAUGCUACGACUACCUAAAUUUGUUCAACGAAAUACAAAAUUACAAGAGGACAUCAAGCAAAGGAUUGUUGAUUCUGUUGACGGGAUGUUUCUACUGGCUCAUCUCCAUUUCGACUCCCUAGUCGGCAAGAAAACAGCAAAGGCCGUCCGGACCGCUCUGGAGACGUUUAUUACAGGAUCAGGAGCUUAUGAUUCAGCGUAUAGAGCCGCAAUGCAGCGAAUCGAAGGGCAAGUCACGGAUCAAGAAGAACUGGCAAAGCAGGCUCUGGCAUGGAUCACAUGCGCAAGACGUCCUUUAUCUACAUUGGAGCUCCAAGAAGCACUGGGUGUAGAAAUCGGCGAGCUCGAACUUGACCCGGAAACUUCCCAGAUAUUGGAGACAUUGUCUCAGCAUGUGCUGGGCUAA